GUUCUCUCUUCAACAAAUAAACAACAACAAAAAAUGUCUGAACAAGAAAGCAAAAAUGUGAAGAUAGUAACUGAAGGGCAAUGGACUACUGGUUUAUACGAUUGUCUCUCUGAAGAUACCUCUACAUGUUGCUUCACAUGGUUUUGUCCUUGCGUCGCAUUUGGGAGGAUCGCUGAGAUCCUUGACAAAGGAGAAACAAGUCGAGGACUAGCUGGACUAAUGAUAGUGGCAAUGUCUCACAUUGGGUGUGGAUGGUACUAUGCUUCACUAUACAGAGCCAAAUUGAGGAACCAAUACUCUUUGCCUGAGGAGCCUUGCGCCGAUGGCGCUAUUCACUUCUUCUGUUGUGCUUGUGCUCUUUCUCAAGAACACCGCGAACUUAAACAUCGCGGUCUUGAUCCUUCUUUAGGGUGGCAAGGGAACAUUGAGAGAGGAGUAUCAAAUAGAAACACUCCGCCGUUUGUAGCAUCAGGCAUGGACCGUUGAAGAAUAUCACAUUUUAGUGCAAGUAUUUACAUUCCAAGAUAAUGUCGAUAAAUAAAUAAAAAAUGUUAUAUAUUGGAUGGUGUGAAUUUGAAAGAUUUUUUUUUGUUUGUUCACCUGAAAGAUUUGUUUGUUAAAUAUCUUCUCUAUAGUUGUGUGAAGUUGUAACCAUGCAAAUUUAGUUUAAUUAUGAUGUAAUGUAAUAUUUUUUACUUUUUUUUUUUUUUUUUUAUAUGUGCAAAGAUGAAAUGUAAUCUUCUGUUUGUAAAA